CAAUCUCUCUCUCUCUCUCUCUCUCUCUCUGCGCGUUGCAUUUUAUCUUUCUCCUGUCUUUGAUUUGCUCUCUCACAUGAAUCAAGCCAUGGCGAAGAGCACUCAAGAUUCCUCCUCCAAGAGGCACUUCCACUGGACAAACAAGGUUGGAAACGAAGACGACGAACAACAACAACAACUUCCUCCAACCUUCAAAUCCUCCUCAAACACCCUCCAUGAAGAGAAGAUACAAGACGAUCACAAGGCUGCUGCUCUUGCUGCUCCCCAAGUACCCGUGGCUUCUUCAGCGCACGUGCCAAAGAGGAAACAACUCCAAGCCAUAGCAGUUUCCAGGCUCCGAUCGGUUUUGACCGCUUUUGGAAAGAACCGGUCGAGCCUGCCGGUGGGUCUCGGUCCCCGAGUGGUAGGCACCCUGUUUGGAUACCGACGUGGGCACGUACAUUUCGCCUUCCAAAGAGAUCCCACUUCCCAGCCUGCCUUCCUCAUCGAGCUGGCUACCCCAAUUAGCGGCCUGGUUCGGGAAAUGGCAUCUGGGUUGGUUCGAAUCGCGCUGGAGUGCGAUAAAGAGAAAGAAGAAGAAAAGAAAGCUGUGAGGCUGCUUGAAGAGCCGGUGUGGAGGACUUAUUGCAAUGGAAAGAAGAGUGGAUUUGCAACUAGGAGAGAGUGCGGGCCUAAGGAGUGGAAGAUUUUGAAGGCUGUGGAGCCAAUUUCAAUGGGUGCCGGCGUUCUGCCUGCGAAUGAAGCUGAAGCUGAAGCAGGGUCCGAUGGAGAACUCAUGUACAUGAGGGCCAAGUUUGAGAGAAUUGUGGGGUCCAGGGAUUCUGAAGCUUUCUACAUGAUGAACCCUGACAGCAAUGGAGCCCCUGAGCUCAGUAUCUACUUGCUUAGAGUCUAAGAGAGAGCAGCAAUUGGAGGAGAUCUUUCUUCAUUUUCCUUUGCUUUGAGGUUAUCAAAGAGUAGCUAAUGAUACUUUUUGCUUGCUUAGUAGCUCUUCAAUCAUGAAGAUGGAGGCCUAGUUUUUCUCUUCUAAUUAAGUACUUUUUUUUUCUUCAUUUUUUUCCCUUUUGUUUUCUUUGUGGAGAAAAUGAAGGGAAAUGGGUGUUUGUAUUUUGUUAGUUUAGGUGGGGGUGGGCAAUACAUUACAAGAUGAUGGUAGGUGGGGUCAUUAAGGUGUAUAUCUAUAGUUUUUUUUUUUUUUUUCCUUUUAUUAUUAAGUGAUGAGACAAGGAGGCUAAUGCAGUCAUGAUUGUCUUGGCAUUCUGUUUUAUUUCAUCUUCUUCUCCUGUAAUACUCAACUUCAAU